GCUGCUGCGCCCGUGGCGAGGCGGACUGUGACGCUUUUGGGAUCCGCUGUACGAGUCAGUUGUCUGUUCGCAUCCAACCAGAAAGCAAGUAGGGUCUGUACUAGAGUUUCUUCGGUAAGAAGCCACGAGGUCGUUCGCUGCGUUAGCAAUUUGUGCUGCAGAUUCUGAAGGAAAGUGUUGAAAAUUAAAAAAGUGUGUGAAAAAAAUAGAAAAUUUAAAUAAAGCGCAAGCCAACGGCUUAAAAUCAUAAAAUUACAGAAAUAAAAAUAACAAAAAGAAAAGAAGCUACCGCUCUUCAGCCUAGUGAUUACGGCUGUCGAGUUAUUAAUUGCUGAGUUUUGAGCGCUGUUAAAUAAUACCAAUUUUCCCCCCUGGAAACCCCCGAAAAACGUGUCACAUGUGUUUUGGUACAAAAAAGUGACAACAGACCUGACAAUCAGCCAUCAAAAAAGUAACAGUGUUAAGUAACAGAAUAAGAUAAAUAGAAGAGAUAGAAAAAAAACGUAACGAAAUUACGUGUAAAAAGUGCGUACAAAUGCAGUUUGAUUGCGCGUGAUAAAUAAAUAAAUAAAAAAUAAGUGAAAAGUGUGGCAAAGUGGAAACAAAAAUUGUUUUUGGUAUUGAAAAUAUAUACAAUUGUAUUGAGCGAGGUUAGAGCGCAAUGUUAUAAAACAAAAACAAAACAGAAAAAUAUCAAAUAAUAAUAAUACAAAUAGAGCGCGAGAGUACGCAUCGUGAGAGCCAAAAAACCAAAUAAAUAUUUGUAUGCGGCCAAAAAUUGCUGUAUCACAAUAAAAAAAUAAGAAAAUAUUUUGCAACAACAACUACAGCUAUUAUCAGCGCUGAAAGAGAACAGCGGUUCAGCAAACAUUUUAACGGCGUGACAGCGGUGAAGGUUAUUAUUCUAAUCUUACAACGCUCGGCGAAGCCAACACAACGAACUAUCAGUGGGAGUCACCACGUAUACACGACUUCGCCAAAAUUGCACAAAAAAUUUCCUAUCCGACCAGUUACACGAAUACCGCAAACCUGCACCUCAUAAACGAUCCGUUCACUAUAAUGGAGGGCUUCGUGCAUGACUGGCCCACGCCACCGCCCACAGAUAUACCCCUGCACAUGGAUCUAGUCAGCGAAUUGCAGGGUGAUGGUGGCUUUGAGCCGCAAACGCGUGCCAGAUCGAAUACCUGGCCAUGUCCGCGACCAGAGAACUUUGUCGAGCCGUCCGAUGAUUUGGACAGCACGAAGGCGAGUAAUCAACAGCUGGCGAGUGCGGAUUCGCAACAGACUAUACAGAGUAUAAAUACAGCGAAAAAGAAUUCGUCACGUCGUAAUGCGUGGGGCAAUUUGUCGUAUGCCGAUUUGAUAACGCAUGCCAUCGGUUCGGCGACCGACAAACGGUUAACGUUGAGCCAAAUCUACGAGUGGAUGGUGCAGAAUGUGCCGUAUUUCAAGGAUAAAGGCGACUCGAAUAGCAGUGCCGGCUGGAAGAAUUCCAUACGUCACAAUCUCUCGCUGCACAAUCGUUUUAUGCGCGUACAAAACGAAGGUACUGGCAAAUCGUCGUGGUGGAUGCUGAAUCCCGAUGCUAAACCUGGCAAAUCCGUGCGUCGGCGCGCCGCCUCAAUGGAAACGUCACGUUACGAAAAGCGUCGGGGGCGUGCCAAAAAGCGUGUGGAAGCUUUACGUCAAGCAGGCAUAACGGGUCUCAAUGAUGCCACGCCAUCGCCUAGUAGUAGUGUUAGCGAAGGUUUAGAUCACUUCUCGGAGAGUCCAUUGCACAGUGGCAACUUCCAAUUGUCACCGGAUUUCCGGCAACGCGCCUCAUCGAAUGCCAGUUCCUGCGGACGUCUAAGUCCGAUACCAGCACUUAUAGGACUCGAGCCAGAUUGGAGUUUCGGUGCUGAUUACACAAGUACAAACAUAACGCCAGCACAGGCAGCCUCAAUGGAUCAGUUAGCUGGCUCCAUAGCGGAGGUCAAACUGCCAAAGGAUAUUCUACAAGGGUUCAGCGCUGCCUCCGGCAUGCCCACACAGCCGCCACCGCCAUACCAGGCGCCACAGACAUACAGCCUCAAUGGGCCGGUCGUCUCGCAGGGCUACAGCCUGCAGCCACAGCAAUGCCUGUUGCAUCGCUCGCUGACGUGCAGCUGCUUGCACAACUCACGCGACGGUCUGUCGCCCAAUUCAGUCACUACAACAAUGUCACCCGCGUAUCCGAACAGCGAGCCGUCGUCCGACUCAUUGAACACUUACAGCAAUGUCGUGUUAGAUGGCGGCAAUGCCGCGAACGAUAAUGGUGCUAACUUAAUGGUGCAACAACAGCAGCAGCAACAGCAACAACAGCGACAACAGCAGCAGCAACAACAACAACAACAACAGUCACUUAACACAAAUUUGGAAGACAAUAACUGUGCAUCUACGCUUAUCGGGCAGUGCAUGGAGGCGCUUAAUAAUGAACCACAAAUUGACGAAUUUACAUUGGACAGCUUUCAACCAGGACUCGAUUGCAAUCUCGAGGAGCUGAUCCGACAGGAGAUGAGCAUCGACGGCAUGUUAGACAUAAAUAUACCAUUCACCGCUGACCCCUCAAGUGUUGCCAAUGAUACGGCGAAUUUGGUUAAUAGCGCUUUGGGCGGUGCGAAUAAUACACACCAACAGCAACAACAACAACACCAACAACAAUUGAAUCAGUUGCAAGCACAGUUACCACAACAACAGCAGCAGCAGCAACAACAACAACUGAUGCCAUCACUGUUGAAUAGUAUCGCUAGCAAUAACAACAAUAACAAUAAUAAUAAUAGUAAUAUGUUAGAGUUGCCAACCGCCACACCGACGCAAACAAAUCUAAAUGCACGCGUACAAUACUCACAAGCGAGCGUUGUAACGCCACCAUCUUGGGUGCACUAAAGGAGCGGAGUGUGCGUGCGUGCGUGUGUUUGUGCAUGUUUUUGCGGGUGUCAGUAAGAGCGCAAUGCGGAGUAAAAUUAGUUAUAACUAUAACAACAGCAACAACAACAACAACAUAAUUAGCUAAAUCAAGUGGUAAUCUAAUCGGUGGAUUUUUGUCAACACUAGCAAAUGAGCAACUAAACGGUUACUAAUAACGCGUAAUUUUGGUAGCGAUUGCGUAUAUAUACCCGAAGUGGAAAUGUGGCGAAUGUCAGACUGAUGGGGUGACAUUUGAUAUGCAACAUAGUGUACAUACAUAAAUAUGUACGUUUCAAGUAGUUGCCUGCGCCACAAAGUUGGGUAGUCUGGUAGCGCCAAGCCAAUUUAACACUAGAAAUAUGUAUUUGGAUACAUAUUACAUACAAUAUACAUAUAUAUAUAUAAACUACUACAUACAGAACAUAUAGCAAUUGAUAGUUGACGAAAGGAUUUAAUCUAUACAUAACUGUAAAAACAACAAAUGCCAACGAAUUGCUUUCUGAUUUCUUCUAUCCACACAUUAAAUCAAAAUCAGUUCACCAAAGGAAACUGAGUUGAAAUCAAAAUACAACAAAAAAGUAGAAAAAACUAAAAAUAAUGGACAGCUGAAAUUAGCUUAAAAGUUGGUUGAGAAACAACAAAAAAAUAAAAAAUUAAAAAUAAAUAAAACAAAAACAAAUCAAGGACAAUAGCGACAUUGGAAACGGAUUAGAGCUAACCAACUGCAAGCAUAACUGUAAACGAGCGGAUAGCAAACAGACUCUAUAUAGAAAGCUAAUUCUUCUGGUCCCAUGGUCGAAGCAAAACAAUAAAAUUCAUAUAAAUACAUACAGACAUAUAUAUAUAAUUAACUGAAAUUAGCUACAAUAAUAAUAAUUAGUACUAGUAGUAGUAAGAAAUGUGUUUGUAUAAUGUAGGUACAACAACAACAACAAUACUAUAACACUUCUGUAAAUAUGCAUGUUAAAACGUCAACUUUAGUUUGUUAAGUAAAAAACAAAAAAAAAAUAAAUAUAAAUAUAAAUAUACUUUGUAUUUCUCAGCUAAAACAAAAAAAUAAUAAAAAAAUGUUUUACUAAAAAUUUGUGCUAAAUAAAAUAAAAUAAAUGUAAUAAUAAAUAUAGGAUGAAAACAAAAAACUAAAAGAAACAUAUGAUAAAUGAAAUCCUGAAAGCAUCAUAAUACGUAAUAUAAUAUAAUUAGCGAAAUUUCAUAAAUAAAAGAGAUAAUAAUUUUUUUGUUUUGCUUUUAAUUAUAUUUUUUUUAUAUAUUAAAUAACUGUAAUACAAAGUACUAUGUAAAACAUUAAAACUGAGCAUAAAAUGUAAAACAUGUUAAUUCGUUUAAGUUACAACAACAACAACAACAAAAUUGUGUUUUCCUUAUUUCUAAAAUAGAAACACAAAAAACAUAUUUUUAUUUAAAAAAAAUAUGAAAAAAGUAAACUAUUGCAAAUAAAAUAAAUAAGCAUAAAAUAAUAAUAGAGCGAUAAAUUUAAACGUUUAAAGUGAAAAAUAAAGAAAUGGUUAAAUGUGUUUAUAAUUUUUAUUUAAGUAGUACAAAAUGUAGAACCGCAACGUCAUAGCUGUAAAGUUAAGCAUAAAUGUAAGCCAAGCAAAAAUUUGAAAAAAUAAUAAAGGAUGAAUGUUUAUUACACUACA